AUGCAUCGGCCGGAUCUGUUGGCUUUUCUACUGCCUCUGCUGGCAGCUCCAGUUUUCGCCGCGGAAACUCUAGACUGCGGAAAGAUUCGCGCAGAUGGCCAUACUUUUGAUCUUUCUAAGCUCGGUGGACCUCAUUCGGUCCUGACGACGCGAUUCAAGCCCAGUCCUCCCGAACAUUACAACACAACUUAUACGUUAGAUAUCUGCAAGCCUUUGAAGAAGAAGGGUGGCAAGAAGGAUGAAGAAUGUCCAAACGGCACUCGAGUUUGCGGUAUUACACACCUUCUCAAGUCUGGCGAGAAGGAGACAGAUGAGAUUACGAAUGUCAUCGCGAUCGCAGGAAAUCUCGAAAACGUUGGCGGCUCUCGAUUCGAUGCUACACCUACGCGACUCAAGACAAGCGACUCAACUUCCGAUAAGGAUAAAGAGGGCGUACGACUAGUCCUCACAGGAGGCAGGGAUCCUCUCAAGGGCGAUAUCAAGAAGACCGAUCAAAAGGCCAUCAUCGAGUUCCUAUGCGAUCCUAAAAAGGAGGGAACAGAGGGCGAGUGGGUUACUUCAGACCAGUACGAGAAACGAGCGGACGACGAUAAGAAGGAAGGGGAUGGUGAUGAUAAGGAUGAGGGCGAGUCUAUGAUUGAGCAUCAGCUGAAGCAUGACAAUGCGUCGCUUAUCUGGAAUAGCUUUGAUGAUGAGGAAAAGGUCAGGGUUCUGCGCUUGACAUGGUAUACUAAGUAUGCCUGCGAAAAGUCAGAGGACAACGGCGGUAGCGGCGAUGAUGACAGCUCAAGCUCCCACUGGGGCUUCUUCACCUGGUUUAUCAUCAUUGCUUUCUUGGGCAUCGCCGGCUACCUCAUCUUCUCAUCCUGGAUCAAUUUCACGCGCUACGGCGCCCGCGGCUGGGAUCUUCUCCCCCACAGCGACACCAUCCGCGAUAUUCCUUACCUACUUAAGGACUGGAUCCGCCGUGUACUCAACACCGUGCAGGGAACAGGAAGUCGAGGAGGAUACAGCGCGGUCUAG